AUUUUGGAGGGCGGACCGCGUGUGCACUGGGACAUGUAGACACAUGAUAGCAGUUUGGCGCGCUUCUUACGGUUUUGUGUGAUGUCCUGAGUGAUCAUCAAAUGUGGAGGAGCAGGUUUCUCAGAGCUGCAGGUUGUCUCUUACAGGCAACGGUCUGUAGUCCUCAUAAACCUUCUCAUCUUCCUCACUUGAGAUAUUUAUCUUCUUACCAGCCCUUUCUCAAUCCAGUCCUGCAGCGCUAUUUGAGACCACCAUCGUCUACAUGGUAUUGUCCUGAAAGCCAUUUAACCCCCACAGUUGCCUUAUAUUUCUGCAGAACUUUAAGAAAAGAUGCAAAGACUGUCAUCGAUUUCGACCAGCCCCUCACUGUCACUGACAUCAAACAAUACCUUCGUUUUAAAGAAAUCCCUUUCCACGAUGGCCACAGCUGCUUACAUGCUCCCAGUAUUUUUAUGGCACCCCUGCCUGAAGGAUCGGGACGGGAAAACUUCUCGCUGUUCAUCGAUAAAACCACCGGACAGUUUUUAUGCAAGGACACUUUAGUAGAAGGAAACUGGGAGGACUUCCAGGACUGCCUCGAGGUGAUGCUGAACGAAGGCCAAACCUCCAUCAGCCCCAAUGUUCUCCUAGGGUUUCCGGAGAGCCCAGAGGAGCAGGAGGAACGAGGGAUGGAGUUGAAGGAGGUGCAGAGAAUUUGGAGUAGCUCCGUGCCUUUUUCCGACCUUAUGGAAGACGAGGUGCAGCUUAUUAAAGCCAUGUUUCAGAUCACCAAACUCACCAAUGCUACGUUAAAGAAAUUCGGAGUCCGGUUCUUCAAGCCUACCAAGAGUUUGGUGUUCCCUUGGUUUGGUGGACAGCAUUCGGGACUUCGCGGUGUUAAAUUGCUUUCGGCCUCAACAAGGGAUGACGGACGUGUGGUUUAUAAUGAAGCCACGGUACCAAAAGUGUCUAGUUAUCACAACCUCUUUGGCCUGCCUUUGAUAGGACGCAAGGAUGCCGAGGUUGUGUUGACGGGACGUGAGGUGGAUAGCAUGGCGGUGAGUCAGGCUACCGGUCUGCCAUCUUUGGCCUUGCCACGGGGUGUAAGCUGCCUACCACCGAUCCUCCUACCGUAUUUGGAGCAGUUCAAGAAAGUCACACUGUGGCUGGGUGGAGAUAUGCGCUCUUGGGAAGCCUCCAAAAUCUUCUCCAGGAAACUCGGACUGAAACGCUGCUCUCUUGUCCGGCCCGGGGAGUUUCAGCCGUGUCCCGGUGAGGCAUUGGCGCAGGGAAGGAACCUGGCGCGAAUCGUCAAAGCUUCGAUCCCUGCUGCCCACAAGUCCAUCGUGUCCUUCAAGCAGCUCCGGGAGGACGUGUACGGGGAACUGGCUAAUGUGGAGCAGGUGGCUGGAAUACAGUGGUCUCGAUUCCCUGAGCUUAACCGAAUCCUGAAAGGACAUCGCAAGGGGGAGCUGACCGUCUUUACAGGUCCCACGGGCAGUGGAAAGACCACCUUCAUUAGUGAGUGUGCUCUAGAUCUGUGCAUGCAGGGCGUCAACACAUUAUGGGGCAGCUUUGAAAUCAACAAUGUGCGUCUGGCUAAAAUUAUGCUGACACAGUUUUCCAAGCAAAGGCUGGAGGAGAACCUGGACCAAUAUGACAUGUGGGCGGACAAGUUUGAGGACCUGCCUCUCUACUUCAUGACCUUCCAUGGACAGCAGAACAUCAAGACUGUUUUGGAUACCAUGCAGCAUGCCGUUUACGUUUAUGACAUCAGUCACGUGAUCAUUGACAACCUGCAGUUUAUGAUGGGCCAAGAAAAUCUGUCCGUGGACAAGUUUGCAGUACAAGAUCACAUCAUCGGCGUCUUCAGGAAGUUCGCCACAAACAGCUGCUGUCACGUGACUUUAAUUAUCCACCCUCGGAAAGAAGAGGAUGAUAAAGAGCUGCAGACGGCAUCUAUCUUUGGCACGGCUAAGGCCAGUCAGGAAGCAGAUAAUGUGCUCAUCCUCCAGGAGAAGAAGCUGGUGACAUGUCCAGGCCGGAGGUCCCUGCAGGUGGCCAAAAAUCGAUUCGACGGGGACGUGGGGGUCUUUCCCUUAGAGUUUAAUAAAGCCUCGCUCACCUUCUCGGCUCCUGUGAAGGGAAAGCAAAAGCUACGGAAGGUGAAAGUGGAUGUCAAUGAAAGCAUAGAGGAAACACAGGAAGCUGAACUGAAGGAAAAGAGAGAGAAACCUCUUAAAACUGCUAAAACCAAGACAUCAAAGGCUGUCAAGGGGUCGACAGCAGCAAAAAGCACUGCGGAUUGAGAAGAAAGAAGAGAAUUUGUUAUUUACAUGAAGUCAAAUACAGUGUGUAAUGCGUGGAAAUGAAAUGGUGGAUUGCUGCAACAAAGCAAACUUCAGUGUUGGGUUAUCUGGAUGGAUUUAUGUGAGGUGGUGGUCAAUAUCUCAUGUCUCAUUGCAUUAAGAUAUAAAUGACACGCAUUGUAUGUCAGAAGCUUUAAAUCUUCUUAAGGAAAUUUUUUAUACGUUUCUGAUGUUUUAUAUGAUCUAAAAUGCAACAAAAUAAGUCGUUUUCAAGACAGAUUUAAAGCACUUGUAAUCUAAUACGGGACCCCAAACCUGCAUUUGUAGAAAUCUUGUCAUACAUUUCAUGUCAUCAAUGUAAAUAUGGAUUAUGUAAAAAAAAAAAAAAGAAGAUAUGUGAGCUUUUUCUAUUUCAUCGUCAUUGCUACUGUUGGAGAAAAGUGUCAAAUAUAAAUAAGCUAUUUCAAGGUAAAUGUGAAUAUUCUUAAUAAAAGUUUUAUAGAA